CUUCAAUAUUUCUCGACCACAUCUAACUACACUCCCAAGAGAUUUUGCAUAUAUAACAGUGGAUUCUCAUAUUCUAUGUAAAAUUAUAUUCAAUUCGAUAUGGCAACUCUGCAUACUGCCCUCAUUUGGGUUGUAUAUGCAGUGGUCAUAGCAAUCUCAGCUAUAACAGCCUCGAUCUUGAUAUACUCUUAUCAGACGCCUCGCGAUCGCUCAGCAACUGUAACAUUUACCUGUAUCUUCGCCCUCAUUGCACUACUUGCAACUAUUCUUUUACUGCCGGUCGAUGUGGCUUUGGUAUCCUCAACAUCGUCUCACUUGGGACAGCGGAAAGGCUGGGCGACCGAUGAUGAAAUCAAUAAAAUCACAUUUGUGCUAAAAAUUGUCUACUACUUCUUAUACUCCCUGGAUGCCAUUCUCUGCCUGCUAGUUAUUCCGUUCAUCUAUUUCUGGUAUGAGGAAUACGAUGAAGUAGCUGCUGAAGCAGGGGAGCAGACCACGGCAUCGCGAUUUGGGGGGGCAUUCAAGUAUACCCUAUCCUUCAUCGCAAUAACUAUUGUUCUAUUUCUAGUCGGCUUCUUUGUUCCUAUCUCUGUGGCGGAGCCAGGUCAGGACCUGGACUACUUUCGACAUCUACUCGCUGAAAACCAUGGUGAACGAGCGCUCGCCUUCUCAAUUGGCUUGCUUAUGACCAUUGGUGUCUGUGUCUACGUCUUGUACACCUCUUCGGGUCUCGCCUUGCUUCCUAUCAGAUUGAUAAAGACCGCAGCCACGAUCGCCAACCCAACAUUCAAAACCAGCAUUGAACUACAACUGGAAACAAACCGAGAGCGCCAGCACCAGUUAGGGAGCCGCUGUGGUGGCAACCCGGAACUGUUAUCAUCCAAGGAUCGGAGAGAAUUCGAUGCCCUUGUACGGGAAGAAAGAACUCUAAUACGACGACAGCGCCUCGUGGAAGAGACUCAAAGUAGAGACAUGGGAAGACUCAUGGCUGCAUGGUCAAAGAUUGAAGCGGUAUUCUGGCCUAUUAAACUUGUGGCCGGGAUCAUCCUAUUCCUUUCUGGGUUACUGGUGUGGGUUUCUAUGCUUCUUACGGUCAUUGAUAAAGCAAAAAACUCGAUCUGCAAGCAAGAUUGCGGAUACAUUAUCACGAAAAUCAACAUCUUUAACCCCUUGGAUCGGAUUCUUGUUGGAUCAGCCAAGAUCUUCCCCCUUGACUAUGCAAUCUUCACGGCUCUUACUCUGCUACUAUUCAGCGGCUCGAUGGUCAGCCUCUCCGCAAUCGGAAUCCGAGUCUUCUGGGUCAGGGUCUUCCAGAUUAGAAAAGGCCAUACAUCUCCACAGGCCUUGCUAAUAGCCACUGUUCUGCUGAUGCUCAUAAUCCUGGCUCUCAAUUAUUCCAUCCCGAUGAUUGUUGCUCCUCAAUAUGCCAUUUUCGGGUCUCAGAAAUUCUGUGAUUUUUCGCCGGGAAUUGGUGGGACGCCGCCGAAUUGCUCGGAUCGCAGAGACCUAGUCAAGCUGUGUUCAGAGCGAGCAGAAAAUCCUGCUGCGAAGAAUGUAUGCACACCAAGUGUCGCCAGUACAUUUAUCAACCGCAUUACUCUAAACUACCCUUUCUUUGGGAUUGUCUUCUUCUGGGCUCAGUUCUUCUUUCUCGGCAUCUAUCUCAUCACCAUGGUCGGAUCAGCUUUUUCGUCUUCAAAAGUGAAUUGGCGCCAGAUAGAUGAGGACGCCGAAGAAGCCGAGGAAGAAGCACUAUUAGCCACUAGUGGAAGACGUUUUGAUUCCACAUAAUAGGAUGCCAUAAAUAGUGUAAAAUUAUCCCCCUCAUUGCUAUUAAGAGCCGAAUUUUCUGUGCUUAUGAAACUCUAUGUCUGUUCUUCUCCCCUUAUAUAACAAAAAGAAAAUGAAAGACGUGAAGUUCAAUGAUAAAUAUAUAUAUAUGCGGU